GCCGGGAGGCGCUGCCUGCUGUUAACAGCUCAGUCUGGUGAAGGAGCGCAAAGGAGCUCUGUGGCUGUCCGCUGCCUGGCUUCCAUGUCAUGGGCCACACUGCGUGAGAGGUGCUUGCAUGGAGGAUGAUGAUGACCAUGAACGGCAAGCAGCAUUUCUCCAUGCACCCGGCUCUGCACGAGCCCAAGUAUCCCGGCCUGCACUCAGGCUCGGAGGGCAUGCGCAGAGUCUGUCUGCCCGCCCCGCAGCUGCAGGGCAAUAUAUUCGGAGGCUUUGAUGAGAGCCUGCUGGCAAGGGCAGAGGCUCUGGCGGCUGCUGACAGCAUUGUCUCUCACGGCAAGAGUCACCCGUUCAAACCAGACGUGACUUACCAUACCAUGAGCAGUGUCCCCUGCACUUCAGCCUCCUCUUCUUCCUCCACCACCGUGCCCAUCUCCCACGUUCCCUCCACCAUCGCCUCCCACCAUCACCACCACCACCACCUCGGACAGACCCUGGAGGCCGGAGACCUCCUGGACCACCUCUCCACCAGCCUGGCCGUCACCGGGAUGGGUGCUCCAGAGCCUCCGGGGAUGACCACGACGGCGCACCACCACCAGCACCCUCACCACCACCUGCAGACCAUGGGGCAGCUGCACCAGGCAAUGGCCACCAUGGCCCACCCUCACUCUCUGUCGGUGCACGGCGGCAUGGCGUGCGUCAACGACGUGGAGUCGGAUCCCAGGGAGCUGGAAGCUUUCGCCGAGCGCUUCAAACAGCGGAGGAUCAAACUCGGCGUGACCCAGGCGGACGUCGGGUCGGCGCUGGCCAACCUCAAGAUCCCCGGAGUGGGCUCCUUGAGCCAGAGCACCAUCUGCAGGUUCGAGUCCCUCACCUUGUCCCACAACAACAUGAUCGCUCUCAAGCCGGUUCUCCAGGCCUGGCUGGAGGAAGCCGAGGCUGCGUACCGGGAGAAAAGCAGUAAGCCGGACCUUUUCAACGGAAACGAGAGGAAAAGAAAGCGCACCUCCAUCGCCGCGCCGGAGAAGCGCUCUUUGGAGGCUUACUUUGCCAUCCAGCCGCGGCCCUCCUCGGAAAAAAUUGCGGCCAUCGCCGAAAAACUGGACCUGAAAAAGAAUGUGGUUCGAGUGUGGUUCUGCAACCAGCGGCAAAAACAGAAACGAAUGAAAUACUCUGCGGUGCACUGAGGUUCACACAUCAUGAAUAAAAUAGCCUACUACAUUUUUGAUCGAGUGAUUAAUAAUAGCCUAAGUAGCCUAACUAACAGGGAUUUAUCAACAGCUCUUCACGUCUCGUCUGGGAUUGUCUAAAAAAAAAAAAAGACUUUUGCUUCAGUUUUUCAUUUCAUGUCACUCACUCUUCAUUGUUGCACUUUUCCCCCCGAUUUUAUCAAAUGUGUUAUAGAUGUGUGAGGAGGGUGAUUUUGAUGUUGUUGAUCUUGUAUCUUGCACACAGUAAUUCUCAGCAAUUUCACCCUGACAGUUUGUCACAUUCAGGGAUAUUAACUCAUUUUUUUAAUCCAUAAAAACGGAGUUCUGAUGCUGCAGUGAUGAGGUAAACUGAUGCUAUGUAAAGAAAGAUGAUUUUGUGAAAAAAAGAUGAUUUUUUUUCCAACAGUGAUUCAGAUUAGAGUUUGUCCUCCACAUCACUGGCUCAUAAUCGUACACCAUCAUAUCUUAAAAUGUGUUGUCACCUAUUUUUUUUAUCCAAAUGUGGAGACUUAACUGGCAUAUGAGGAUUUAAAAAAAGAUCACUUUUUAAACCACUAUUUUUGCAAAUGAACCCGUUCUCUUCGUGAACUGUGUGGUGGUAAUUUACGCACAAAAAUAACUCUUUCACAAGGUAUGACACUAUGAGUCUAUUUAUCUUGAAUUAUUUAAAAUAAAUGGGAAUGGCACCGUCUUACAUGAGGCACAUUCGUGUGGCUUUGGCUGCUGCUAUAUUUUAGUAUUUUGAUGUGUUUUGGGAGCAUUACAGGUGAGCUGUAUAUAUUUAUUAUAUAGCCCAGCUAUAUACAGGCCUACAUCACCUAUAAGUAUUUAUUUUUUUCCCCUCACUACUCUUGAGUUCACUUGAAAAAUGUGUGAAGUUUAAACUUAAUAAAUUAUUAGUUAUUUUCUAAAAAAAAA